UUCUGCGGGGCCGGGGGGCAAAAUCCAAAUGAGUGAAAUUUAAAGCAAGUUUAGGGUUCCUGGGCUACAACACGAUCUCUGGAAAUAAUGACCAUAGUUGAAGGAACAACUUGUCUUUAUAAUUGCAGGCUAAGGAGAUAACUACAUCACGAGGAUGCAUGAGAAUGCGCCCGCCCUUGUGGUCCCUCAGACGGCGUUGCCCGACAGACUCUCCCAGGAUGAGAUGCUGGCCCAGACCAGACAGGUGAUCCAGGGCCUGGAGGCUCUAAGGCAGGAGCACCACUCCCUCCUGGAGGGCUUCCUGGGAAGCCUGAACUGCCUGGAGGAGGGGGGGGAGAAGGAGAACACUGACCCCCAUCAUGAGGACCGAUCCCCGGCAGAGGACAAGGCCCAAGGCAUCCGGAGGUCUUUGGAAACCCUGGAGCUGGGCCUCAGUGAAGCUCAGGUGUUGCUAGCCCUGUCGGCCCACCUGAGCUCAGUGGAGGCGGAGCGCCACAAGCUCCGCGCCCAGGUGCGCCGGCUGUGCCAGGAGAACCAGUGGCUGAGGGACGAGCUGGCGGGGGCCCAGCGGAGGCUGCAAGAGAGCGAGCAGAACGUGGCGCAGCUGGAGGAGGACCGGAGGCACCUGGAGUUCAUGAGCCGCCUCAGGCGCUACGACGACGACGGCGGCGGCGCCAGCCUCUCGACCUCGGGAGAAAAUGACUCUAGCAAGGAGACACUGGAAGACCUCUUCCCAAAUGAGGAAGAGGAGGACCAGGGCCAUGCCAUUCAGCAGAGCAGCUGCAGCGCGGGCAUGGCGGCGGCCCAGCAGGGGGGCUACGAGAUCCCGGCCCGCAUCAGGACCCUCCACAACCUGGUGAUCCAGUACGCCUCCCAGGGCCGCUACGAGGUGGCCGUGCCCCUCUGCAAGCAGGCCCUGGAGGACCUGGAGAAGACCUCUGGCCACGACCACCCCGACGUGGCCACCAUGCUCAACAUCCUAGCGCUCGUCUACAGAGACCAAAACAAGUACAAGGAGGCAGCCAACCUGCUCAACGACUCGCUGUCCGUACGGGAGAGGACCCUGGGCAGGGAUCACCCAGCCGUAGCCGCUACGCUCAACAACCUGGCUGUGCUCUACGGGAAGAGUGGCCGGUACAAGGAGGCGGAGCCUCUGUGCAAACGAGCACUGGAGAUCCGAGAGAUGAUGUUAGGUAAGGAGCACCCCGAUGUGGCCAAGCAGCUGAACAACCUGGCCUUGCUGUGUCAGAACCAGGGCAAGUACAGCGAGGUGGAGCAGCACUACCAACGAGCCCUGCACAUCUACCAGAUCAGACUGGGCCCCGACGACCCCAACGUGGUCAAGACUAAGAACAACCUGGCGUCGUGUCACUUGAAACAGGGGAAAUACAAGCAAGCAGAGGCACUGUACAAAGAGAUUCUCACUCACGCUCACAAGAAGAUGAACGAUUCUACAAAUGGAGAGGACAAACCUAUCUGGAUGCAGGCGGAAGAGAGGGAGGAAAAUGGCAAACAGAGCGACGUCCCUUCUUUAAAAAAACGAGGAGUCUGGGACAGAACGGGCACUAUCGACAGUGCCGUCAUGACGAGCACCCUGAGGAACUUGGGCGCCCUCUACAGGCGGCAGGGGAAACUGGAGGCAGCCGAAACGCUGGAGGAAGCAGUCACCGUCAGCCCCAAACAACCCUGUGUGUCUACGCAGAAGGGAAGUGAUGCAGCACAAAUUCAGAAGCAGAGCAGCAGUGAGUCUCUCAGCUCGGAGGUGAUGGUGAAAUAUGACCUACACGGUGGAGAAGAAGUUAGCAUGAGCCUGGAAUGGAACGGGGAUGGUCUGGGCUCUUUGAAGCGCAGCGGCUCCCUCAGUAAGAUCCGCGCCUCCCUGCGUCGUAGCAGCGAGAAGCUGGUGCGGAGGCUCAAGGGAGCUGGAGGGGGGGCCAGCCCUGGAAACGGGGCCGCACGGAGGGUUGAGCCCAAACUCCCCGAAUAGCUGUGCCACAAACCCAUGGAAGUGUCACGAGAGAGGAUUUUUUUUCCCUGUGGUUUUAAGAGGAGAAUGUCGGGAUAUUUUGUCAUGAAAAACAAGUCUGACCAUUCGGUCUGCACAAGUGUUACCUUGGAUGAGACCCGUGAGGGUUGCUUGUUUGAGUUGCCUAUUUGUAUCUUCCAGCAUUUCAUUGAGUCAGUCUAAUAAAUGUGAAGUGUGGGUGCCGACCCACUGUCUUUUGAAGGGUUUAGCAUUUUAACCACUGUUGGGAUACUCACUACAUUGCUGUGCGUGGCCAAGUAAAAUGCUGACAGACAGAUGAAAAUUAAAGGGUUAAAGAGACUGCAGAUUAUUUAGACACAACAAAAUGAACAGUGCAUUGCCUUUUUACCAAGUUGCCAUUUUAAUGUCUCGCUAAGUUCUUGUCUUUAUAUCAA